AUGUCCCAAACUGAUAGACCUAUUAAUGUUAACGUUAAUAACAAAACACUUCAAACUAAAAUUAUCCAACUUGGACACGAUAAAGAUGAACAUGAUAUUGUACUUAAGACUUUAGAAGCUACUGAUGACAAAAGAAAAUGUUAUAGAAUGGUUGGUGGUGCUCUAGUAGAGAGUGAUGUUGAAACAACAAGACCAAUUUUAGAAACCAAAAGAAAGAAUUUAGAAGACACAAUUAAUAAAAUGAAGGAAGAGCUGGUGAGAGUGGCUAGUGAAUUCGAAAAGUGGAAGAAGGAUAAUAAAAUUCAAGUUGUUAAACAAUAA